CGGCGCUGUUUGCUUGCAUGCUCUUUGGUUCUGGUCGUUCUGGUUCAACUUGCGAGGAGAAUCUUGUUUUAUUAUUUUUGUGUGAUACAACUAAAAGUGUAAAAUUUCCAUAAAUAAGUGAUUUCUACCACAUCGACGACGAUUGUAAAUAAAAUCAUUCAAAUAUGGUCAAAACGGCUCAUGAAAACGACGACGAAGCGAUCCAUAUUUGCGUCCCGGGACAACGUCUAUGCGCCGUCACAGAGUACACGGUGGGUGGCGAAGGAACUUACGAAAAGUUAGGCUACCUGCAUGCGAGUCUGUCCGGCGUGGUGAAGAUUCGUAAGCGGCAUAAGAACAACUAUAUUUCGGUGGCAUCCUUCGGAAGCAAGACGGUCGUUCCUGUGGUAGGAGAUGUUGUAACCGCCAAAAUCACAGUAAUUAACCAGCGAUUUGCGAAAUGCGUUAUCAUCUGUAUUGGAAAAACGUGCCUCAACAGGCCGUACAGAGGAAUCUUGCGCAAAGAAGAUGUACGUGCUACCGAAAAAGAUCGCGUUGAAAUGUACAAAUGUUUUCGACCUGGCGAUGUAAUACUGGCUCGUGUGCUCCCACUGGUCGAACUCAACACCUAUCAUCUUACGACGGCUGAAAACGAACUUGGAGUGGCGGUUGCCAUGUCGAAUAAGAGCUCGGACCCAACGCCUAUGGUACCGAUAGGAUGGACGGAGAUGCAGUGUCCCGUAACGUUGGUUAAAGAGCCACGAAAAGUGGCGAAAAUAGUUCCCGAAACUGCACCGCAAAAUUAUGACGGAAAACUUUAAUAUCUUAGAAAUAAUAAAUUCAAUGCUUGUCCUAUAACAAA